GAAAAACUUCCGGCCAUCGCUGCAUAGCUUGGUCUGCCAUCGAGGCUGGGUUUAACCUGCCUCUGCAGGUUGGCUUGGUCGCUGGGCGACUGUGCGUCGCAGCGAAUGGCUAGGGACCUGAUUGGACCGGCUCUGCCGCCAGGCUUCAAGGAGCACGCGACAGCUGAGGACGAGGAGCGGGACCUGAGCCCGGUUGCAGGGCCCGCUCUGCCUCCUAAUUACAGAAGCAGCAGUUCAGACUCCUCAGACAGUGAUGAAAACAGCAGUUCUUUGUCUGAAGAAGGAAAUCAAGAGUCUGAAGAAGAUGACACUGGUCCAACUGCCAGGAAACAGAGGCGAAAUCAAGAUAAUGAUGAUGAUGAUGAUGAUGAUGAUGAUGAUGGGUUUUUUGGACCAGCCCUCCCUCCUGGAUUUAAGAAGCCGGACGACUCUCCUCCAAGGCCUAUGAUUGGUCCUGCAUUGCCACCUGGUUUCAUUAAGUCUUCACAAAAAAGUGACAAAGGCAGAGAGGUUCCAGGACAAGUAUCAUCAUCCUUCAACUCAGAGGAAGCAGAGAGCAGCGAAGAUGAGGAUAUUUUUGGACCAAUGCCUGCAAAAGGACCAGUUAACUAUAGCGUAACAACGGAGUUUGAAAAAAGGGCCCAGAGAAUGAAGGAAAAAUUAACCAAAGGAGAUGAUGAUUCAUCUAAACCAAUCACAAGAGAGUCGUGGAUGACUGAGCUUCCUCCAGAAAUGAAAGACUUUGGUCUUGGGCCAAGAACCUUUAAGAGAAGAGCAGAUGACAAAUCCGGGGACCGAUCCGUCUGGACAGACACCCCAGCUGACCGGGAAAGGAAAGCUAAGGAAAUACAAGAAACAAGGAAGUCACUCAGUAAGAAAGAUGAAGAAAACAUAUUGUCAGGAAGGGAUAAGAGACUGGCUGAGCAAGUGUCCUCAUACAACGAAUCAAGAAGAUCAGAGUCCCUCAUGGACAUUCAUCACAAAAAGUUAAAGAAUAAGGCUGCCGAAGACAAAAACAAGCACCAAGAGAGGAUACCAUUCGACCGUGAUAAAGAUCUCAAGGUUAAUUGGUUUGAUGAGGCUCAGAAAAAAGCUCUAAUAAAGAAGUCCCGAGAACUGAAUACCCGGUUUUCACAUGGCAAAGGCAACAUGUUUUUAUAAGUGAGUGUGCUUCAGGGAGGUACACUGGUGCUGAGCACUGGGAACCCUCAGAAUAUCCCUUUGUCUAUGGUAAUUAUGUGCACAAAUACUUCUCCUUUUGUAAUAAAGUAGAUUCAGAGUCUACAUUUUUAUAAAUUGUAACUGUUGAAAAGUUGGAGGUAAAAUGCAUUUAACUGGAAAAAAUAGCUUUGUCUUCACAAUAGCCUAAAAGGACAUUCUGUUAGAAAAGCUAAGGGUUCCAGUGAAGAGAAAUGGUACUUCGCAGGGUGUGGCAUACAACUUCAGGGGUCGUGUGCACCAUUAGAGACAAAAGAAAGGUUUGCUAGUAUUGUGUGUGCGAGUGUGUGUGUGUGUGUGUUUGUUUUUGUUUUUUUUUUUUUGAGACAGGGUCUUACUGUGUAGUCUUGGCUGGCCUGGAACUCACUAUGUAUACCAGCAGGCUGGCCUCAAACUCACAGAGGUCCACCUGCCCCUGCCUCCCAAGCACUGGGAUUAAAGACGUGUGCUACCAGGCCCUGUUCAUUGAGCAAGAUCACAACUAGAAGAGUCAUUGCUUCAGAAGACCUCUCUGUUUUUACAGUUAGCACACCAUUUAUCUGAUGAGCGUUUGUGGUGUCAGUUAAGGAACUGUGUGGGAACUGAGGGUACUUCUGAAGUCCCUUGUGAUUGUAGCAGUAUGGAAUGGACUAAAUAUUCAGGUGUGAUUUUAAAGGACAAUAUGAACUUUAGAGUGUUUUCCAGCUUACUGGAUUGUUACCUCAGAGUGCGAUGUCUGUCUGUCCACCAUAAUUUGUUAGAGAAUGAUCUUUAAAAACAUGCACAUUUGCCCUGUUCUGUGUAUCCUUUAAACUAAAACGGGAAUAGACAAUCAGUGUUUCUUGUAUGGAAUAGAGUAUUUUGAGUGUUCUUGGCUUUUCGUCAUAUAAUUAUUUUAAGAGUCCAUUCCCACAACACUCCAGUCCCCAGUGUUUUUUGAUGUUUUACAAGUUUCUUCUUGGUUCUGUGUGGGACUGUACACUGACUCUAUACCAUAGCCUGGACCUUUUCCUCAAAUAUAUUUAACCUGCCCCGGAGUCAGUGUGUCCUGAAAUCCAUGAAUUUUCAAUUGCUUGGUUUACCCUCCAAACAUCACCCAGUGAAUGCACACCUGUGUGAAAAUGUAGAGCAUAGAGUUUUGUUCUUCCUACCCUGCGUGUUUCAUGCCCAGGAGUUUUUAUUAGCUGUCUGGUAAGUGGUUGUUUUUAUUGGUUUUAAGUAAAGAAGGCUGUUGGGAUUAUCUCAUGUUAAGGAAAUAUUCUUGUGAUUUUUUUUUUAAACUCAAGUAAAUAUUUGUAAAGGAGGCAAUCUGAAGGACAUUAUACACAUCUGUUGUCAUCCAUGUAAAGUCUAGGACUGCUGUCUUCAUGGUCUGACCCAAACUGUCUGCAUCUUGGAGCUUCACAUGGGAUAGUCUGAUUCAUAUAUGUACAUAACACUUUGUAGCCGGUUUACUGGAAUGUUAAUCCUGAAUAGCUUUUUAAAUUAACCCAAUCAUUCCUAAAAAGAGGAAAUGUUACUCAUGACCCCACUAGUGGGGGUGAUAUAUGUGUCAGUGCUUUAAUGGAUGCUUCUUAAGCUGUGAAACAAAAGCUCCCAAACAGGGAGAUAAAACCUAAAUUCCAAUUCCAUGUAUUUCUUGCAGGGUUUCUUGUUCUGCUAACUCUGUACUCUAGUUCUAAUGAAACAUAGAGUUUUAAUGGAAAAACAUGCUGAUUCCUGAUUCAUGUAAUCUUUAUAAAAACUGGGCAAACUGUUCAGAUUACAAUAUAAAGUAUUUCUUAAUAGUGUCACAUUUUUAUACUGGUGUAACAGUCUAUCCAAGGGCUGUUGCUUUUAAAAACCUGAGUUACUCUGGGUGAAUUGAAGAGGCUUAUUGUCUACAUAGAACUGGACAGACCUACCCUUUGACUAAAGUGAGUGAUAGUUUCUACACAGAAAACUUUAUACAAGAGUAUUGGUUUUGGCUAGGCAUGAUGGCAUACACCUUGAAUCCCAGCAGAGGCAGGCAGAGUUCUGCAAACUCAAGACCAGCCUGGUCUACAGAGUGAGUUCCAGUACAGCCAGGGCUAUGGAGAGAGACCCUGUCUCAGAAAUCCAAGAAAAAGGAGUAUUUUGUCCAUUUCAUUUUGUGAUUUUUCCCCCCAAUGAGAGGGAAAAAAUGUUUUUUAGCUAUGACAAAACGUAACAUAUUUUGUGAAAUUUGGUACUUUUUAAAUUUUAAAUACUAAAAAUAAAUAAAUAAAUCUUUUUAAAAGGAGAUAGUGGUCUGGAGAGAUGGCUCUUCAGAUUACCUGAGUUCAGUUCCCAGCACCCACACCUGGUGAUCUACAGCCCCUGUAACUCCAGCUCCAAGGGAUCUGACUCCCUCUAUGGACCUCCAUGGUUACCUAUGCUCAUGUACACAAAUCCACACACAGACACAUUCUUUUAAAAAUAAAAAUAAAUCUUAAAAGUAAGACUAGUCCUCUCUAGACGCUCACUGCCAUUGCUCUUUCAGUGGAAGGGGUUGGGAAUAUUUAUGACGUGCUUACAUUUCCUAUGAUCUCAGGAUAAGGGACAGGCCACCAGAUGGACUGCCUCUCAGGUACCCUGGAACCAGUGCUCUUCUCUGUCACCCCAUGAUAGUUGCAACACAGUGUAAGCCAUUACUAGAGCAAUUCAGCCACAUGAAGACACAAAUCCCAAUUGAAUAUUGACAAUAAAAAAAAAUCAUGUAGCUUUGAGUGUAUUACAGAAAGGUUUUCCACAUGUCAUCCUUUCUCCUCUAAACUGCAGGCCUGUUUAGACCCACUCUCCUGGCCAUUGUCAGUUUCUAGCCAGAGCAUCCUAUGUUUUGGUCAAGUUUUAUAGGACUCUGGUGUCCUUUGCAGCGCAAAGAUGAAGAAAAGACUAACACCAGGUGCAAGGAGAGGACCCUGCUGUCUCGCCACUGGCGGUGGCCUUCCAGUUAGUGAACUGGGAGACUUUAUCCAGCUCUCCAGCGUCUCGGCUGGGGCAGAUGACAAGUCUCAUACAGUAGCCACAUUGCUGGUGAGCAGAUGGUGGAGUCGUUGGUUUGGGUAGUGGGGAAAGAGAGUGAAGGAGAGUGGUGCAACCCAAGGUGAGACUUUCAGAUCAGCCUCAGGACAGGAAACUGAACCCUGCUCGGGGGUGGAAGUACACAGUCUGCAGAGAGUUUUUCAUGUUUAGGUGUAGCAACGUUUUCAUCACUCUAAUAUUUAGGUAUUCAUUGUCAAGUGUGAGAUGUGCGUGAGGCUGAGCCUUACAUGUUUCAGAGUUACAGAAAUUAUUCGAUGUUACUUUUCGGUUCUUCCGUAGGCUAGGAAUGUUGAUGCUGUUGGAAGUGCAUGAUGGGUGGGGGUGUAGCUCUUGAACUCGAGGCCGUCAUCCACUUGUACUGUUCCAUGGUAUUACAAAUAUUUCUAGAAAAGCCUCUCCAGUGAAUUAGACCUAUGAGGAAGAAUUGAUGUUGAGGGAAGUGGCUCCUGAAGAGAAACUCAUGCAGCACCAAUGGUUUCCUUGCCUUCUGAUGUCAUCCCGAGGCUCCAGACGGCAGUAAUGGAGCCGUAUGCUACUGUGGAAGAGCUUUUUGUUUGGUUGGUUUUUUUCACAGCUUCAAAACAAAACAAAACCUUGUUUAACAGGGUUAACAGCACCCACCACAACUGAAACACUGUUUAACUAUGACCAUGGUGUGUACAAGGUUAAAAAACUAACCUUUUUGUUUGUUAACAGCACCCACCACAACUGAAACACUGUUUAACUAUGGCCAUGGUGUGUACAAGGUUAAAAAACUAACCUUUUUGUUUGGAGGGUUACAGUUACCUGAUUUUAGAAAAGAAUUCUGAAGUAUAAUUUUAUACAUGUAUGAAUAAAUUAUUCUCUAUAUCUGA